AUGAAGGAUUCUGGAGUUGAGUUUCCUGGUUUCCAGAUUUACAAUCACAGGGAUGAGUUUGUAUUUAGAAGUUCUAUGAGUCGGCUACAAAAGCAAGCUCCUUGUCCACUAAAGAUAAAGCCUACUAUGAUAUCAUAUGCUUGUAGUGGAGCACAGAACUCAAUGGGGGCUGGUUCAACUUCAUCUUCAUUAAAUUCCUUCUUCACCAGUAAAGAUCCAAUACCUCUACUUUCUCCUCUAGUGGUGCUUGAAUCCACCUCCAUCAGAGAAGAAAAUACUGCAAAAUCCCAUUGA